AUGAAGUACUUAACAUCAAAGGAUGAGUUUGAUGCGGAGCUGGAACAAGCUGGAAACAAGCUGGUUGUAAUAGAUUUUACUGCAACUUGGUGUGGCCCUUGCAGAACUAUCGCUCCUGAGUUUGAGAAAUUGGCAGCCCAGAUCCCUGAUGUCAUUUUCGUGAAGGUGGAUGUCGAUGAGGCUGCAGAACUGAGUCAACAUUGUGGAAUUUCUUGCAUGCCAACAUUCCAAUUUUAUAAAAAUAAAGUGAAGGUUGCAGAGAUAACAGGUGCUGAUCUUGGGAAACUCAAGUCAACUGUGGCUGCGAACAAGUAA